AUGGCCUCUUUCCUGCCCACUGGAAAGCCAUUGGUCUACCUGAUUACCAUAACCUGCUCCGCGGGUUUCCUCAACUUCGGCUAUGACCAGGGCGUCUUUGCCGGCUCCCUCGUCUCUCAUUACUACCUUACUACAUUUGGGCCUGACCCAAACACACCGCCGAAUGCGUCCACGCAAGGGACAACCAGCGCGCUGUUUGACAUUGGCGGGGCUGUCGGUGCGCUAGCGGUGCUGUUCAUCGGCGCGAUACUUGGUAGACGACGGGCAAUCCAAUUGGGAUGCGUACUGGUCACUGUGGGUGCGAUACUCCAAGCGACGAGUAGUACGCUGGGUCAAUUAAUUGCUGGACGCCUUGUCACCGGUGUUGGGGUGGGCAUCCAGACGACCACGGUACCAAACUACCUGGCUGAAUGCACUCCAGCAGCCAGUCGUGGCGCGCAUAUGGCCAUCGAGAUCUGCAUUGCUGCCUUGGGCCUCUUCCUUGCCCAGUCGGCCACUCCUUACAAGUGGAUCAACUAUUCACAAGCGUACUCUGAGUCCAAAUUUGCGUUUGCCUUCCCACUAGCGUUCCAAGUCGUCUUCGCCAUCUUCACCGGGUGCUUUUGCUUUGUGCUGCCUGAGUCGCCGAGGUGGCUCGUCUCCCGGGGGCGGGUGCGCGAGGCGGAGGCGGUGGUGCUUAGGCUAUUAGGGAAUGGGGUGACGCCGGAGACGGAGGAAGUGAGGCAUAUGAUGAAGGAGAUGCUAGAGGCGGAGGAGCUGGAGAGCCGCGGGGGCGCCCAGAGCAGGUUCAAGCAGUUGUUUACGAGCGGGCCGACGCAGAAUGCUAGGCGGGUAGGGCUUGCGUGCCUCGUAGCUAUUGGACAGCAGGCCACGGGCAUCAAUGCGAUCACGUACUACGUCCCGACCUUGCUCGAGACGUACCUGAAAGUGGGGAGACAGGGCAGUCUGUUAAUUGGAGGCUUCUUCUCCCUCGUUUCCUUCGUGUUCACCCUCCCCACCAUCAUCCUCAUCGACAAGAUCGGUCGCAUAUCUCUCUUCAUUAUUGGGUGCGUCAUCCAGGCGAUUUGCUGGAUCAUCAUCGCGGCGUUGAUACCCACGGCGCCAGAGGGGUCGACUGUCUUCGGAGGGGUCAUCGUUGCGUUUAUUUUUGUUUUCUUCGCAUGCUAUAGUACCUGUUGGCUAGCUACCUCAUGGGGCUAUGGUGCGGAAGUUCUACCUCUUAAUAUCCGGUCUGAUGGGCUUGGGUUCGCCGGGAUAUGGGUCUGGUUCUUCAAUUUUGUUAUCGUGGAGUGGACACCCACGGCUAUUCAAAAUAUCGGAUACAAGUACUACAUCAUCCUGGCGGUCUUUAAUGUCGCUAUGAUACCGAUAUUCUACUACUGCGCCCCCGAAACGAGGGGGAAGACGCUGGAAGAGAUGGAUUUCUACUUCGCGUCCAAGUACGGCGGGCAGGCGGAUUUGGCGGCUGUGGAGGCGCAGCACCGGGUUCUGGAAAAGGAUGUGAACAGCGGUGUAGACGCCCAUGGGCGCAAAGUGGGGGAAAAAGAUGAAGGUAGUGUACAGGACAAGGAGAGCGUGGGGAAAGGCGGGGGUGUGAGGACAGAGGAGGUGGAAGCUAGUGAAGUGUCCAGUUCCGGCUGA